AUGUCAUUGGUGCUGUCAGCGCUGCUCGAGAUAUCGCCAAAGUAUGCCGUGCCGUCUCGCCAGCUCGCUCUCAUCGUUGCUUUCUGGGCUACCUUUCCUUCGAAAUUCGUGGACGCUGCUUCUCGGAUCGUUACUGCUAGGAACGUUGACUUGUGCUUGCACGGGUCACCCGGCGGUGCUGUGAUUCUGGUAAAUUGUCUCGAGUCCGCUGCCAGCAAUGUCACGUGGGAUUUGGAUCCGCCGCAUCCCCCAAAGGGGCCGCUCUGUCUGAAGCCCGGCCCUGGCUGUCUGAGCGGAGCGCUCCAACUGGGUGUCAGCGAUGACGAAUGGCUUUGGGACUACACGACGAUGCGCAUUCAGCACGGGGACAAGUGCCUGACAGCCGUCGACACUGACAGCAAUUUGCCUGCGGUGAGCCUCGAGGAGUGCGAGUCGGGAGGGCACGAGCAGAAUGGAGAGGGUCCAGCCAGCCAGUCUUGGAUCCUCCUUCCUACCAGCCGUCCCCAGGUCGACAUUCUGUCGGAGCUCACGUUCCCCAUGCGGGCAAGUGGCCGCUAUUUUGUUGAUUCUGCUGGUAAGAACGUGAAGCUUGUUGGAGUCAACUGGUUUGGCGCCCACAUGGAACAGCUUGUCAAUAACGGCCUUGACAGAACUACGGCCGACAAUAUCGCGGCGCGCAUUCUGCACAUGGGUUUCAACUCCGUCCGGCUGAACUAUGCUCUCAAUGUCACUGUCAAUUCCAGCGGUAGUUUCCCUGAUGUGCCAGACCCUAAAUAUGUAUCUGGAGACCCCAGUCUCGCAGGCCUGAACGUUCUGGAAGUAUUUGACAAGUGCGUGGAAGCACUCACGUCCAGGGGAUUGCUCGUGAUUGUCAACGUGCACAUGCUCGAUGCUGCAUGGUGCUGUACCACGACCGAUAACAACGCGCAGUGGUACAACGAUGUAUUCUCUGAGGAGGACUGGACCGCAUCUUUGAAUCUCAUGGCGGCCAGGUACAGCGGAAACCCACGAGUGAUAGGAUUUGACCUCUUCAACGAGCCCAGACUGAAUUCCAUUACCAACGACGUCUCAUAUUGGGGUGUCUGGGAGGCGGGAUCCUGGCUAAGCAGUCCGUACGUCCGUUUGAGGGAUUGGCGAGUGGGUGCUGCCAAGGGGGCCGUGGCGGUUUGGAAGGGCAACCCGGAUGCAUUGGUCAUCGUUGAGGGCUUCAAUUUUGCUAUGCACCUCAAGUAUGUGCUCUCCCGCCCGAUGAAAUUCGCUCAAGACUGCUUGUUCUCCAGGGUUGCCUAUGAGAACCAUGACUAUUCCUUCUUCGACUUCGAAUAUUUCGACUGGCUGGAAUACCCGUGGUCAUGGUGGACCGUGUACCAGGAUUUCAAGACGAUGCGCACCGAGGCGAACAUCGAUAAGGAAGAGAUCGAGGAUGUUCCAGGUUACUGCGAUGAUGCCGAUGCUUACGAUCGAUUCAAGCGGGGCCGCCAGGCGUCGUUUCUCUUCUUGUACACCGAGGGCAAGGCCCCUGUAUGGACAGGUGAAGUUGGGACAGACAAGAGGAACGACACGGAUUGCUACUGGCAAGAUGUGCUCAAGCUGUACAAAGAGUUCGAUUCCAGCUGGUGCUACUGGCCAGUGGAUCCGAUCAGAGGCCCGAUAGAUAAUCGGGCCGAUACCUAUGGGUUGUUCGACGCCCAGUUUAAAGAUUUGAUAAGCAGUGGUUGGUUGGAAGUUGCAAGACCUCAUUUCGAUUCAGGGGACACGAUCAGACUUUCCCUCGUCCGUGCCGGUGCCAGAGACUUGUGUGUUUGA